AUGGGACGGGCAGCUGUUGUGAAUGUGGCCCAACUUGUCUCCUAUUCACAGUUCAAACAGAUUAUCGUCGAACACAAGUUAAUGACAGACGGAUUCGGACUGCAUCUGGUAUCUAGCAUGGGCAGCGCGCUUAUUACGACCAUCACCUCACUUCCCGUGGACAUUGCGAAGACAAGAAUACAGAACAUGCGGACAAUUAACGGCAAGCCAGAGUACUCCGGCGUGUUCGUACGUUAA